UAUAAGUUUGAAAUUAUUUCCAAAGAGAAAUGUAAAAAAAUAUACCCCAAACCAAAAAAACAGAAACUAACGUAAAACAACGAAAACAUCUGGUGACAGAGGUUAGGCAGAUGAAAAAAGCAAAGAGGUCUUUAAGAGAGGACAGAGGAUCCCAGAGCUGGGGGUGGUGACAGCAACGACAUGGAAAAGGGACACUAGAGAACAGAGGGGGCGCAUAGACAACAUCGCUAUCAGGUCUCUACUACAUUCCUCCCGCUCUCUGGGUAUCCCCAAUCAAGACAGGCCACGGAAGAAUGACAAGUGAAAAACAUCUUUAAAAUUUUUUUAUCUUGCUUGCUACAGACCCCAUCCAUCUUUCGAGAGGGAUAACCUCCCUGGCGAGUAGAAUCAUGUGGCCUUUUUGUGAUGUCAGCUGAGCUCAGAAUGUUUAUUGCCUGGACAACCCAACCAGCCUCCUGGAAGCAGGCGUGUGUGACCUCCAUACACUUCAGUAGUCAGAAUAUGGAGAACUUCUCACUCCUCAGCAUUUCUGGACCUCGAAUCUCUUCCUCUGCUCUGAGCACUUUUCCUGAUAUCACGCCCUCACGUGCCACCAGCUUGCCAGGCAUUGCAAAGACUGUGUCUCCUACUGAGGCGUCCAGCCCAGCUCAGGCCCUGCCACCCCAGUACCAAAGCGGCGCUCUCCGGCAUGGGGUGCACAACACGGUGCUCUCAGCAGGCUGCAUCUCGGGGGACCCCCCAAACAGAGAGAAGCUGAGGAGGAAUUGCACCAUCUACCGGCCCUGGUUCUCCCCUUACAGCUACUUUGUAUGCAAGGACAGAGAGAGCCACCUGGAGACCUACAGCUUCCCAGAGGUGCAGCGGGACGAGGGCAGGGGGGACAGCUGCCUCCCAGAGGACACGGCUGAGAGCAUCUGCUCAUCCUCCUCCUCCCCAGAGAACACCUGCCCCCAAGAGGCCACCAAGAAAUCCAGACACGGCCUGGAUUCCACAGACUACAUCACAUCCCAGGACAUCCUAAUGGCCUCCAAGUGGUACCCGGCCCAGCAGAACGGCUACAAGUGUGCGGCCUGCUGCCGUAUGUACCCGACGCUGCACUCCCUCAAGAGCCACAUCAAGGGGGGCUACAAGGAGGGUUUCAGCUGCAAGGUGUACUAUCGCAAGCUCAAAACCCUCUGGGGCAAGGAGCAGAAGGGCCGGCCGGGAGACAGGCUUUCCUCAGGCAGCUGCCAGGCCUUCAAGUAGGCCUGCUGGGUGGCGGCAGCUGUCUCGUUAGCGGACAACGCUUUAGGUAAACAGGAGAUGAUGCCUAUUUAUGUCUCUACAGAGAGACCAAUAAACCAAAGUUAGUGACAGCCUUCUGUCAAG